AUGUCAAGUUUAACUGAAGAACAGCGUAAAAUGAUUGAAGCUAAUAGAAAAGCUGCACAAGCCAAAUUAGCAGCAAAAUUGGCGCUUAAAAGUACACCUCAGCAAGCUAUGAGUAAUAAUAAUCAAUGCACAUUAUCAAAAGCUGGAUUGGUUGUAUCGCCAUCACCUAAUGGAAAAUCUGUCCGUAUAAAUUAUAAUCAUAGUCUGCAGAAUUCUAAAUCGAAACCUGUUUGUGGUACUUGUGAAAUGACAUCAAAAGAACGGUUUACUGUUCAUGUUACCUAUCAUCAACAAUUAAUCGAUACUUUUAAAACAAUAUCAAGUAAAAAUUAUGACCCAAAAACAUCAGAAUGGUCAUUCCUAAUAAAAGACCAUGAUCAGCUUAUGAUAAGUAUUAAACCUCUUGAGCCUGAUGUCAAAAUAGAAAAGUUACCACGUUUUAUUUUAAAAUUGUUUAAGACUAAAGAAGAUAUUGAAACACAUUGGUCAAAAGUUGACAUAAGCAGUAUUGGUGAUGAUAUGAUGAAUAGUCUUUAUCCAUUUCAAAAACUUGGAGUCCAGUUUGGAAUAUCUAAAAAAGGUCGUUGUCUUAUUGCAGAUGAUAUGGGUUUAGGAAAGACCUUACAAGCAAUUGGAAUUGUAAAAUAUUACUCAGAUAAUUUUCCUUUACUCAUUGUUUGUCCUUCAAGUAUGAGGUACACAUGGGAAGAAGAAAUUCGUUUAAGAAUGCCAAAUGUUCCAAUAACUGGGAUUUAUGUAUUAUCUAAGUCAAAUGAACAAUUAAUUGAUCCAGUUGUGGUUAUUACUUCAUAUGAUUUAAUGAGCAAAACAAAAGAUAUGCUUAUAAAAUUUAAAUUUGGAAUUAUUGUAUUUGACGAAAGCCACAGUUUAAAAAGUGAAAAAUCAGCCCGAACAAGAGUUGCACUUUCUCUUGCAAUGCAAAGUAAGCAGUGUAUAUUGUUAAGUGGUACUCCUGCUUUGUCAAGACCGAUUGAACUCUAUAGUCAGAUAAAAGCAAUAACACGAAAUAAUUUUAUGUCUCCGGUCGAAUAUGGUGUUCGUUACUGCAACGGACGAGAAACAAUUUAUGGUUGGGACUUUUCAGGUGCUACUAAUAUGAAAGAGUUGAAAAUUAUUCUAGAAACUCAAUUUAUGAUCCGUCGUUUAAAAAGUGAAGUAUUAAAGCAGUUACCCCAAAAAAUUAGAAAUGUAGUAGUUUUAAAACCAGAAAAUAUCGAAGCUCGGAGUCAAAACAUGGAUGAUUUGGAAACUAUGAUGAACAAUAAGUCUCUCAAUAAAAUGGAAGUUCGUGGUGCUUUAUUAAAAUAUUUUAAUCAUACAGGAGAAGCCAAAUUACCUGCUAUUUGUGAUUAUAUUCUAAAUUUGCUUAAAGAAGGAAAGAAAUUCUUAGUAUUUGCUCAUCAUCAAAAAGUUAUUAAUGGUAUAUGUGAUGUCCUAGAGAACAAUGAAACUUAUUACAUUCGAAUUGAUGGUAAAACAUCAUCAGAAGAAAGAAAAAGUGUGUGUGACCAAUUCCAAAGUGAAGAUAUGUAUAGGGUAGCCGUUCUGUCAAUUUGUGCAGCGAACUCUGGUAUUACUCUAACUGCUGCAAAGCUUGUUAUAUUCGCUGAACUCUACUGGAAUCCUGGUAUAUUAACACAAGCUGAAGACCGAGCUCAUCGUAUUGGUCAAUCAGAAACAGUAACCAUACAAUAUCUUUUGGCAAAAGGUACGGCAGAUGAUCAUAUUUGGCCAUUGAUCCAGUCCAAAUUAAGUGUUUUAAACAAAGCUGGUCUUAGUAAAGAUAACUUUAAAGAUGACAGCACCACAGUUAUUAAUUGUUCAACUAAAUUAAAACAAAUGAACAUUCUCGAUUUCUUAAAUGACGAUAAUGAUGAACUAGAUGAGAGUGAUUUGAAAUUUUUGGAUGAAGUUGAAGAAUCGCAAUGCAAACGUCCACGCAAAUGUUAA